UGAAAACCCGAAAUGAACCCAUAGAAAUUGCCGAUAUUUUGAAUAAAAAAUAGGUGAAUAAAUAAAACCGAGGGUUGAUAUAUCUCCGUUUGAAGCGUGAGCCCUCUUUCGCAGAACAUUACAGUUCAUAAAACCAGCCUUUUUCUUUCUUUUUUUGACAAUAAACCAGCGUUUUUCUUUCUUUAGCCGCCAUCGACUCCACCCCUUCAACAAAAUUCAAAGUGAGAGAGUAGAGAUCAAACCUUGGAAGGUUAGCCAUGGCGACUGUUUCUCCUCUAGCGAAAUACAAGCUGGUUUUCCUUGGAGAUCAAUCAGUUGGAAAGACCAGCAUCAUCACCAGAUUUAUGUAUGACAAGUUCGAUAACACUUAUCAGGCUACCAUUGGAAUUGAUUUCCUAUCAAAGACAAUGUACCUUGAAGAUCGAACAGUUCGCUUGCAGCUCUGGGAUACAGCUGGACAAGAGCGAUUUAGGAGUCUUAUUCCAAGCUACAUCAGGGAUUCCUCUGUUGCAGUCAUUGUAUAUGAUGUUGCAAGCCGACAAUCAUUUUUGAACACUUCUAAGUGGAUUGAGGAAGUACGCACUGAGCGUGGUAGUGACGUUAUCAUUGUCCUUGUUGGAAACAAAACGGAUCUUGUGGACAAGAGGCAAGUUUCAAUUGAAGAAGGGGAAGCCAAAGCGCGUGAUCUAGGUGUGAUGUUCAUCGAAACAAGUGCCAAGGCUGGAUUUAACAUUAAGGCUCUGUUUCGAAAGAUAGCUGCUGCUCUUCCAGGAAUGGAGACUCUCUCUUCGACAAAACAAGAAGACAUGGUUGACGUGAAUCUCAAGGCUACGAAUGCAAACACAUCACAAGGCCAGCAACAAGCAGGCGGAUGCUCUUGUUGAAACUAGUUUCCAUCUUCAUCGGUGUGCUCUGGUCCAUUCGUUUGUGGACUCGGCUCAAGUUGUUUCUCUCUUUCCAAUUUGGCGGAUUAAUGUGCCAAACCCUUGAGAAGUGCAAGUUUGAAAUUUCAGAGAGAGAAAGUUGGCUGUUAUCGCGGGAGGGGGCUUCCUUUUCAUGGUAGAGUCCAAAGAGAUAAUUGCAUUCGUAUAUGGAAUUGUUUGUAUUCAGACACGUUGGGAAGGUUUGUUGAGAGGCUUGGCCGUCUAGAAUAUGCAUAUCCAUAACCUUAUCAUGAUUUCUGAA